AUGCUUCUUUUCUGGACUGCACUACAUCUCAACUCCCUCGACACCAUACGGCAAGCCGCGGUACAAGAUCCACUCACCGCGAAUAUCCAAGAAUCGCGUCUUCACCUGCUCAUUGUAGCUACAAGUAGUGGCCUCGACUUGUGCCGCCUUCUUCUCUCCGCGUCGGUGCUCUUGUACCCACCUCCUGUUCUCAUCGACUGGGCAGGAGCGGGCGCAUUCAACGCUGCAGAAACUCACCUUGCGAAAAUCGCGGGUCCUCUUCGCUACCUCGAGAGUCUGUCCCCCGCACAAGAUACAGACAUAGUCUUACUGGUGGAUGGCUUCGAUGUUACGUUCCAGCUCGGUCCGGAUGUCUUGCUAAAGCGUUACUUCGAAGAAACGGCUGCCGCCAAUGAUCGGCUGCUCAACCGGUACGGCAAAAGCCAUAUGCGGAAACACAAGAUUUACAACAGCAUCCUUUUCGGCCCUGACAAAGUAUGCUGGCCAGAAGAUGUUCUUCGCUUAGCGUGCUGGGUCGUUCCUGACUCACCUCUUCACCCCGACGCUUUUGGCCCUUACACUGAUGGAUGGGGUGAUAUGAAUCACGCAAGACCGCGCUGGCUGAACUCAGGCACCAUCAUCGGGCCCGCUGGCGAAAUGCGCGAGAUGUUUCGUGCAACUCAAGAAAAGAUCAAGCAGACGUACAAUCCCGAAGACGUGCUGCGCAACUCCGAUCAGAAGUACUUUGCAGACGUAUGGGGUGAUCAAGAGUAUGCGCGCAUACUAUCGCAUGGAGAUAAGCCCUACGGGAUGCCCGAAGGAGUUCAAGAAAUUGACCUACCAACGCUCAAGGAAGGCGAAGUGACUGAAUAUCACAUUGGGCUGGACUAUCGAUCGAGCCUAUUCCAAACAGCUGCGGGGUAUAGGAACUACAUUGCUUGGAUGGCGACGAACCGAUCCUCGCUUCCUUCAUCAUCGAAAUCCGUGGAGCCGUACAGGAUUGAUCUACAGGAGGACGUGCUGCAGUCAAGGAAGCCAUUUGCUGCUAUAUCAGAUGAUCCGGCCUUGAAGGAAACUUCGUGGCGAGAUGUGUCUCUGGGUUUCAACACAGUUACUGGCCAGCCUUUCCCAGUGCUCCACUUCACAGGCGACAAGUCAUUUCGAGACACUUGGUGGCCCCGCAUGUGGUACUCUGGAGAGGCUGAGCGCCUUCAACGCGCGGCAUCUCAAGUAAACGACGAGAAGAUUGGGUCAGAUCCUAUCAAUGGAGUUCGGUGGACCAAGAACAUGCCGUACGACAGUAAAGUAGGUGAGCCAGAGGAGAAGUCGGGGGCUUGGAGUGACCAGGGGGCAUCGCUCUCGUGGAAAUCUCUUUGCGAGUCGCAUGAACCUGCGUUGUACAGUGGAGAGGCAGAGAAAGUCUCGUUUUGGGACACUAUAUACCAUUGA